GAGCGGGGCCCGUUGAAGAGGCACGUGCGCUGCUGAAUGGAGCUGGUAGCUGGUUGCUACGAACAGGUCCUUUUUGGGUUCGCUAUACACCCGGAGCCGGAUGCAGGCGGCGAUCACGAAGAGCAAAAAUGGACUCCUGUGGCUGACUUCACUCACCAUGCCCACACUGCCUCCUUGUCAGCGGUGGCUGUAAAUAGUCGUUUUGUAGUCACUGGGAGCAAAGAUGAAACAAUUCACAUAUAUGACAUGAAAAAGAAGAUAGACCAUGGGGCUCUAGUGCAUCACAAUGGCACAAUAACUUGCCUAAAAUUCUACGGCAACAGGCACUUAAUCAGUGGGGCAGAAGAUGGACUAAUUUGUGUGUGGGAUGCAAAGAAAUGGGAGUGCCUGAAGUCCAUUAAAGCUCACAAAGGACAUGUGACCUUCCUUUCCAUUCACCCAUCUGGCAAGUUGGCCCUGUCCGUGGGUACGGAUAAGACGUUAAGAACGUGGAAUCUUGUAGAAGGAAGAUCAGCAUUCAUAAAAAAUAUAAAACAAAAUGCUCACAUAGUGGAAUGGUCCCCAAGAGGAGAGAAAUACAUAGUUGUCAUACUGAAUAAAAUAGAUGUCUAUCAACUUGACACUGCAUCUGUUAGUGGCACCAUCACAAAUGAAAAGAGAAUAUCUUCUGUUACGUUUCUUUCAGAGUCUGUCUUUGCAGUGGCUGGAGAUGAAGAAGUUGUAAGGUUUUUUGACUGUGAUUCACUAAUAUGCCUCUGUGAAUUUAAAGCUCAUGAAAACAGGAUAAAAGACAUGUUAAGUUUUGAAGUUCCAGAGCAUCAUGUUGUUAUUACAGCAUCGAGUGAUGGUUUCAUCAAAGUGUGGAAGCUUAAGCAGGAUAAGAAAGUUCCCCCAUCUUUGCUCUGUGAAGUAAAAACUAAUGCCAGACUGACAUGUCUUGGAGUGUGGCUAGACAGAGUGACAGACACACAAGAAAGCCUGCCUUCAGCUGCACAGCCUUCUCCUGUGAGUAAAGAACAGUCCAAAAUCAACAAAAAGGAAGCUGGCGAUGUAGUGCAGGAAGAAGAAAGGCAGUCCAUACCUAACGCAAAGAAAUGUGAUUUAACUGGUGAUAGUAAUAAGCCAACGAAAGGAAAUACCCCGGUGUCAACCAAGAAGAGGAAAAUGGUAGAAAUGUUGGAAAAAAAGAAGAGAAAAAAGAAGAAAAUAUGA